AUGAGCAACCAGCAAAUAAGCGGAUUUAUUCAGCUUAUAACAUGUAUACCUGCAACAGAUCAACAAAGUAGUGAUCCUGCAUAUAUUCCACAGCUAAACAUUAAUCCGACAGCUACAGCUACGUUAGCCGAAGAGUUCGAAUCACCCAUAUCAAUUUUCGUUUAUAUGGGUAAUUUAGGUGCUGGCAAAAGUAAAUUAGCUUCAUUAACUGUAGCUUCAUUACAGAAAAAUGACAUUGAUAAUUCAUUGUUACCGUUCAAAAGUGGUGAUAAUCCUAGAGGUGUGACUAAUGGCGUCUGGAUGUGGAGUAAACCUUUAAAGGAUCCGAAUAGAAGGCGAGGCUCAAUAUUAAUAUUGGAUUGUGAAGGUAUGGGAGGUAAUGAUGUAACAGUUAACAAUAAUCUUUAUUUGUUUUGCAUGAUCGUGAGCUCUGUGUUGGCUCUGGUUCUUCGGCCAGCUCGAAUUGACUGUGUUCAAUGCAACCGUUUACACGAUGAGUUACAACGAUUUGUAAAUAUGCAAUCACCAUGCGUGUUACCGCACACUUAUCUUGUACCGUUAGAGUUACCAGUUCUUAAAUGUGACAAUCAAGAGGUCAAUUCAGAUGAAUGGAUCAACAUAAUAUUCACCAUAAAUGAGUCCGACAAUACUUUAACCAUGGCGCAACGUGAUGAAUUGCAACGGAAGUAUCAUUUUAUUCGUACUAUGUUGCCGAGCAUUGAUGUUGUUAAUUUUGACUAUUUGCCAAAUGAACUGAAGAGCAAUAAUAUGACCUUGGGAGACAUGAAAAAUAUAUUGAGAAAACAAUCAUCCAAGUGUUACAAUGAUUCUUUAUUAAACAUGCUAAGUAAGUUUCUAGAAACUCAACAGAAACGAUUACCAGGCAGUAAUGUUAUUCCAGCGUUGCUGAUUCGUCCAGCUGAAUUGGCACUUUUCAUGACUGAUUUAAUUCACGUCAUAAACCAAGCUAGAGACCCUAAUCCCGAUGAACUGAUUGGUCGAUGCUUACUAAAACGCUUCUCAGAUGAAAUUAUCAAAACUGAAGCGGAAUUUCAAGAAAAAUUCUUCGCGAAAGUUGCAUCAUAUGCUAAAAGUAAGAUAGACGAGAAGGAGACGAAAUUCAAUCCGGAUGACGUUAAAACUGACCUUGAACGAGAACGUCAAAAUUUAAUUAAAAAUUACAUAGAAAAAAUGUGGGAUUUAGCCAAAAAUAGAAUCUAUACUUCGAACUCGAUAUUGCUGUCAUCACAAAGUUUACGAAACUGUAUUGAAGAGGCGCAAGUUAGAUUGAAUUCCUAUAGAGAUCCAGAAGAAUUGAUCAACAAGAUCAGAGCUAUUUACAACGAAACUACUGACGAAGCGACACAAAGGAUACAGAGCAGUGCUCUUUCCGAAGAAACCAGACAAAAAUUGCAGACACUUACCGAACGUAUCUGCAGAGAAAAUAAUAUCAAUAAAGCCAUCGAAAAAACUGAGCUGAAAUGUGACGUAGAUCGAUGUGAAAAAUGUGGUCGUCAGGCUGCUACUAUUAGCAUUGUUCAUAAAUGUUCCAAUAUAAAACAAGGUAAUUACUAUCGUUACGACGAACAUCAGAUGGUCUGUGAUGCAUGCAGACAAUUGGCAAAGAUCAAUGUAACAACAGUAAAUUGUGCGUUAUGUGGUGCAUCACGAAUUAUUAGAUCGUUCAUUAAUUGA